UCAACAUAUGAGCUUGAAUCUCUUGCUUCUUUUUGAAUAUUGAGUAACUUUAUUAGGCAAUGAAGAAAACUAGUUUGAAAAACAGUAGGUGAACAACAUGACAGGUACCCUGAAAUCCAGGGAACCCUGCUGUGUCCACACAGAACCCAUGCCUUUGGCCUUGUCUAAAAGUUAGGGUUCUCAUCUGCGGGGAGCCCUGCCAAGCCCCACACAAGCUGUGCCACAGGAGCUUCAUCUUUGCCAGCCAAUAGUUUUCCAUUGCUUCACGACAUGGAGAUGUUGAUCCAAUAUGCUGAAGUUUUGAAGAGGAGGGAUAUGUGUGGAUGUUAGCUUUGGGAAACAGCAGUUAUUGAUCACCAAGGCUUGCUGCAGUAUUUUUCUACCAGUGGGGAAUAGAAGUCAGAUCCUGGCAAUGUAGUCUCCUUGGAAAAAAUGGAAGACUAUCCCUUUAUCUGUGUCUGCAAGCCCAUAAUCUAAAUAAUCAAGACUUCAGAGAUCUUCUAGAACAUGUCUAAAUAGUUUCUUGGUACAGAGAAGUUAUGACUGUUUGUCUGCAGCAAGCAGCCAGUAAGUGAAGCCUUGAGUUACCAUAGACUGCGGCUGAGCUGCGUUUUUGGAAAAGUGGAGAGAAAGCCCAACCAAGUCCAGGUGUGGUCACAUACAAAUGUGACAAACACAGGAGUCCAGAAAGGCUGUGUCCUCUACACUUCUGACCUCCUCCUGGGUGUUACAGGGUUAAACUUGGAGCAUGUGUUUUUAAACUCAGCCCCAGGGUUGAGGCAGGUGAGCCUCUGGAGUCAGCCUAGAGCUUUUGCAGUUGAAGGUGUAGGAGGAGUUUCCUGGUGUGAAGCUUUAUCAGAACGUUCACAAGCUCCCAGAAUAUUGUGCCUUGAUUAGUUUUUUCCCUGGCUUUUUGGGGCUUGUUUUGAGCCCAGGGUCAGGGCUGUCUCCUGGCUCCAAUCCACAGUAUUGCUCCACUGACAUCCUUUGAAGAGCAAGGUACGGCUGAAGUUUUUACAGCAUCUCCUUUAGCUGCAACUACCAGCCAAAUGUUGCAGGCGGGGCAGGGAUAGGGAAGCUUCUGGAAAGUGAAAUGCUUUCCCAAAUUUUUAAAAUGUUUUAGGAGCUGUGGCAUGGCAUCAGAUGUUAUUUUGAACGUUGAGGUGUAUGCUAUAAAUGCUGUGUCACUUUUCUCAAUGGACAGGGCUCCUUGCACCCUGACUUUAGGGCUGUUGUGUUCAGAUGACUUCUGAGCAUAGGACUAAUGAGAUUUCUUCCCAGACCCUCAGCAAUGGGAAGAGUUGCUGAUGGGUCAAUUGUGGGCAGAUCCUGUGCUGACCUUCUGGGUACUUUUAAGGUGUUACACAGCAGACCUGCAGAGUAACUUUGAUGAGUUAGUUGAUGUAUAAAAUAAUGUAUUUUUAUUAAAGAACACAAUAAUACAGUGAUUUUUCAACCCUCAGCAGAAAGUACAAUUAAGCAAACAAAACUGAAAACAAAACCCUGCACAGUUUGGGACCAGUUCUUGGGGGGUUUUUCUUUGCUGUUUUUGUUUUCUUUAGAUUAAUCCACUUAUAUAAGCUUUUAACAGCAGGGAGCACUUCAGGCCACUCAUCCCAUCUAUGUGUAUCUCUGGCAGCAGUGUCUUAAAUGUGUGAUCACUUGAGUGUGAGGGUCUAGUGGCCAGAUGUAGAAGAGGGGGUACUCUGUCAGUAACCCAGACUAUGGAGGCUGCAGGUACACUGGUGAGGCUGGUGCCUCAGUAGGCAGAACUGAUGCUGGAAGUAUGUGCUGCACACCUGGGAUUGAACCUGGGCCAUGGGAAGAUGUGCAUUAGCUGUAUGAGAUGGUGUGUGUGGGCGCAGGUGCUUAGAUGUGUGCAGCAAGCCAUUCUCUUGAGAUGUUCAAAUGGUUGUAGGGCCCAGGAUUUGGGAAAUCCAGUUUUAGUGGUGAAAAAAAAAGCACUGAUGUUUGGAAAUGUCCUUUAGCAACUGAAAACCUUCAGUUCACUGGUGGCAUUUGCAGGAUCAUGUGAUUAGAAAACUCAGUGUCUGUGUGCCCAAAGUGGCUAAAAGGGCUUUGGAAAGCAGGCUGGACUCAAACGUCAGCUCACGUGAGCAGGGGUUGGAAAGUCCCCAACCUACAGAUGGGUGGGUUAUGUUAGCUACACAGCCUGGUUAUCUCUGGUGACACCAUGGGUGAGGUGCUAGGUCUCAGUUACGCUAAUCAGGGAGAUGGGUUACUCAGUGAGGAGAACAGACUUGGCCUCUGGCAGCCUCACGCAUUGGGUUUUUUCUUGGUGGCGGUGUCCCAGGGAAGCCUGGUGUGUACACACUGCACCCAAAGCAGGUGCAGCUGGUUCUAGUUCCAGUUUGCUCUGGAUCCUAUGAAAGCCACAGGAUUGCUCCAAGACCUUAGGCUGUUUGGGAUAUUCAUUAGCGGACAGGCCACGAGCCGCACGGCAGAGCCGUGACCUGCGCCUGACAGUCCCCGUUACUGCCAUCAUUUGGCUGAAGCCUUUCCUGUUGUCUUUCUCAUCUUGACUGUGUUUUUCCCUUUGUGGCUUUGAUCCAAGUGUUCAUCUGGCCUGCAGUGGUUUCCCUGUCUGGGAGACAUAACUGUUUUGUCCAUCUUCGUAGUCCAAGAGAGCAGAGCUGGGGGUCCCUUUAGCUCCUUAAUUCCUGCUUACUUCUGCUGGCACACUCAUUGCCUUUGGAUGAUAUAAACUGGAUUACAGAUCUCAUUGCAGUGCAUGAGUACUGAUAAGGGGUACUAUCUUGCAGGCUUGUUUCACUUAAGCUGUGGAGCAUGAUCCUGCACCAGCACUCCAGUCUCUGCCUUGAAGCAGUGACAGAGCACAAGGCUGCUCUUCAAGGAACUGGCUCAUUUACUGCACCUAUUUGAGUUUUGGUGCAGAAUUUGCUCUUCUGAGACAGCUUUCCACAAACAGGAUUUGAAAAUUCAGUUUGAAAAUUUUCUACAAACUCAACCCUUUAUGCUCCGGAUCUGCUUACAACGUGAGGAUGCAAAAUGUUGCUGAGAAGAGACUUCCCAUGUAUUUGCUUAUAUCUAACUGUGGCUACAGAGGGAAUGUUGCUAAUAAACCUAGUGUCUCUGAGAAUUUUUUAAAAAAUGUGGACAAGAAAUGUAUCCCCAAGGAAAGGACUCAGAAAACACAGGUGCUUAGACAAGGACUGGUGUGUGGUUCAAACCAGCUGUUUGGGUCUUGUUUCUUAUCCUGGGAUUUUAAUGUUUCUACUGUAAAUGGAGCUGGGGAAUGAACUGGAGCACAAAUCUGAUGAUGAGUGGCUGAGGGAGCCAGGUGUUCAGGAAGGGAGGUUCAGGGGGGACCUUCUUGCUCACUAAAACUCCCUGAAAGAAGAGUUCAGCCAGGUGGGAGUCAGUCACUUCUCCCAGGUAACAAGUGACAAGAAGAGAGGAAACAACUUCAAGUUGUACUGGGGAGGUUUAGGCUGAAAAAAUUCCUUCAUGGAACAGGUGGUCCGGCACUGGCACAGGCUACCAGGGCAGUGGUGGAGUCACCAUCCCUGAAGCGAUUUUAAAGCUGUGUGGAUGUGGCACUUGGGGACAUGGCUUAGUGGUGAGCUUGGCAGUGCUGGAGGAGCAGUUGGACUAGAUUAUUUCAAAGGCUGUUUCCAACCUGAAUGAUUCUGUGAACACUGGGUUUGGGUUGCAUGAGCUGUUGGCAGUUGUGAGAGAAGGCUGUGUGUUGAUGAGCUGAUCCUUCAGGGAUCAGGAAAGGAACUGACUUGGCUGUACACCAUGGUUCAUGUUCCACAGGGUAUGGAACUGGGACCUGAGUGCACUGCAGAUGUUGUCUUUGGAUUUCAGUUACUUCUUUACUAACAAUGAAAAUCUUGCUGCUUUUCCUUCGUAUUUACUGAAUGGCAAGAGUCAGAUAUUAAAGCAGUGACUUCAGGUUCCACCCUGGGCUGGACCCCAACAAGGAAAUGCUACAUAACUCGUACCAGAAACCCACAUGUUUCCUAAGAACGGCAGGGUGGCCAUUCCCUUCCAGCCUGGGCAAGGCCAUGGGGCUGCCUGUGUCUGUCAGAUGUGGAGCACAAAGAGCCUCAGUAUAAAUACUCCCAGGACACAGUCAGUGAGGGAAGUUUUAUUCCAGUACGCCCAGAAUGGACUUUUUCCUCUGGACUUUAAAAUAAACAACAUUAGAACUGACCUUUUUAUUAAAAUCAUAUAUCUUCUCAUGCUUGUUUCGGUAAGAGGUUGUUAAUUUUAAAGAAUUCCUUAACUUGCAGAACAGUUGACUUAAGUAAUUCCAAUAGCAUUUAUCAUCUUACUUUUUGCUCCUUGGAGUUGGAGAGUUUAUAGCCUUUUUUCUUUGAGGAGGAGAAUUGAGAAAAGUGGCUCUGUUCUUUGCAGGGUGGAGAGAGAGGCUGAGUCUAUUAAGUCAAUUUUUAAGUUGAUGAAAAGAUUAAUGUGCAUUUUGAACAAGAGUGACCUGCCCAUAAGCUCAAGCUUAUUCCUGCUCAGAUGCAAAGGAAGGAUUACAGAUAGUUAUCAAGAGCAGCUUUAAAAAAGAGAUUAGAAAGUCUUCUAUUAGAAAUUAGAAACUAUUCUGUAAAGGGAGGGGAUGCUACGAAGGUUGGCAUCCGGUUCUGAGACACCAGUGAAGAGUUCUCUCUCUUGAAUGCAUGUGCACGAAGGAAACUGUCCUGGUAGAUGAAGUCCUUGGUUGUGUGGGUUGCUUAAUUUCCAAUGAAAAAGCACUUGUGCUUACCAAAAUCAGUGUUUUCAGGGCUCCAAUGAUCAUGUUCUUGUACCGGCUCUUUUGGUUUUUUUCCUCUGUAGUGUGGCCAAGCCUCCAACCAGAAACAAACCCUUGUUUUCUUUAGUUAUUUGCUUAGUUGUACCUGACAGAACUGUUAUUUCACAGGAAUACUUGACCCCUGUUGUGCUCAGAGAUCUCAAACCAAAAAAAUCUUUCCUUGGAUGGGAUGGUGAAGGUUUGUUUGUCUGCUCUUACCUCCAGGAGACAAAGACUUGGGGACCAAGAUCCCUCCACUCCCCCAAAAUUUAACAAACCUAAUUGUUUUUAUAUAUCUUAUUUGGGGUUGCGGUUAUUUUAUUUUCUUUUAUUCCUCCCCUUUUUUCCUUUUCAUUGCUUUAAUUCAAACUUCUUUUAUGGAUUUAUUUCAUCUUGAAGUGCAGCCACUGGGAUGAGGCAGCAUUCCAGCUCUGAUCCCAGCAGUGCUGGUGCACAGGGAUUACUGUGCAUGCCUUACAUAAGGCAGUUCUGUUUACAGACACAGGGAUUUUGGUUUUACCAGCAGUACAAUGUUGUUGGAUUGUGUUCGGUGUGACUCACUGUAACCUCAGCUCUAUUUCUGUGCAGCUGCCUCUCAGGGACCGGGUUAAAGGCGAUUGACAAAACCAGGAUUUUUCUAAAUCUGCAGAGCAUACCUGAUUUUAGGGAUGAGAUACCCCUGCCAGAGAGGAGUGUGGCUGUUUCUGGCAGCUUGGGUGAGCUGCUGCCUUACCUCAAAGGCAGAGCUCUCCUGUCCACACAUGGCUCAUCAGAGCCAGCUCCUGGUUUGCCGUGUUGGGCUUUUCUCUGCAUCAUCUCAAUUUUUUUCAUUUUCUGUUUGGUCUGUGUCUUCUCUUUGCUGGGUAAAUGUUGAAAGUGUGCUGGUGUGCUUUGCUGUUUGCAAGUGACUUUUGUGAAAGUCACUAUAGCUCUGAACAAUUGAAAGGGAAGGGAAGGAGGCAGGCUCGCCUGAUGCCCUUCCUAGGGAGGAUUUUCUGUGCUUUAGGGAGGUUCAUAUCCACACAUUCACUGUUGGGAUGUACCACAGUGGAUAUAGAAAUGGGAGCCUGUGGAUUUCUUUAAUGAAAUAAAGAGGAAAGAGAUUAAAGAUGGGGUGAGGAAGCCUUUUGGGCUUGGACAGUCUUUCAAGUGCUCAGAAAACUCCUGAAGGCAUCUGAGAAGGGCCUGCUGAACCCAGCCACAUAAACUAGUUUAGGUGCCCUGUUCAGGUGAAACUUUGCUGUAUUUAUGGAGAGUGUGAAUAUAAGUUUUCAGGAUAGCUCUAGCCAGCACAGCACAGGCCUAUGGGGCUUCUGGUUACCUUCCUCAUCUGUGUAUGAUCACGUUCAGUUUGAAAGGCUUCAUCAGGUUAAAGGGUGGGUACCAGGAAUUCUCUCUGGGAAAGGCAAAUUUGCAAUUCUGAUGGUAAGUUAUGUAAGUAGAACACUUGGCGCCUUAAUUUUAUGGUAAGGCAGCCUGACAAAGCCUAUUAAAGGGGACAGAAGACUCACAAAACAGGUGUGUGUUGGGGUCCUGGGGGCUGGAGGAUGGCGAAGGGUUGGGCACCGCAUGGUUCUGGGUUCUGACAGCGGUGCUGUUCCUGCAGGUCUCCCGGGUGCCGGGCCCGGGACAGAGGGCUCCGGAGCUGCCAUGACGACAGGCGACUGCUGCCACCUCCCCGGCUCCCUGUGCGACUGCCCGGGAAGUGCUGCCCUGGCCAAGGCGGUGGAGGACUCGGCCCUGGGCCGCCCGCAGUACAUCACACAGGUCACCACCAAGGACGGCCGGCUCCUCUCCACUGUCAUCAAGGCGCUGGGUGCCCAGAGUGAUGGUCCCAUCUGUCGAAUCUGUCAUGAAGGUGGAAAUGGGGAGGGACUGCUUUCCCCAUGUGACUGCACAGGAACACUGGGCACCGUGCAUAAGAGCUGCCUGGAAAAAUGGUUAUCCUCCUCCAACACAAAUUACUGUGAGCUCUGCCACACAGAAUUUGUUGUAGAAAGAAGACCAAGACCCUUGACAGAGUGGCUGAGGGACCCCGGGCCGCGCAAUGAGAAGAGGACGCUGUUCUGUGACAUGGUGUGUUUCCUGUUCAUCACUCCGCUGGCGGCCAUCUCGGGCUGGCUGUGUCUGCGUGGGGCCCAGGACCACUUGCAAUUCAACAGUCGACUGGAGGCCAUCGGACUCAUAGCACUCACUAUAGCACUUUUCACCAUCUACGUCCUUUGGACACUGGUCUCGUUCCGCUACCACUGCCAGCUGUACUCGGAGUGGCGAAGGACCAACCAGAAAGUCCGCUUGAUGAUCCCAGCCUCGCGGAACCCUCACCCUGUGCCCCACUCCCUCCUCUCUGCCAAACUCAUGAAGAAAACCGCGGAUGAGACCACCGUGUGAGCCGUCCUGCGGCCAGCCAAGGUGGAGGGUCACGUGUCCCCAAAGGCCCAGGGAACGUGGCAGCUGUGAGGGCACUGGAAAACAGUCAUCCCACCCAAAGGGAUUCUGCGCUCAGCACGUGCUUUAGACCUUGGCAAAGAGACACAUAAUCAACAUCUGUGUGUGAAAUGGCCCAAAAGAGCCUGAUGGCAGAAAAUGCCUGUCUGCAGGGACACUUUCCUAUAAUGAAAUACCAUAUGUGGAAAACAUCUCCUUCUCUCUCUCUCUCUAUAUAUAUAUAUAUAUCUAUAUAUAAUAUUAUUUUUUAAUGGCCAUGCAUAUUGUGUUUCAAUCCUUUUGUGUUGACGUUCUAAGCUUCAGGAUAGAAGCUGGCAACCUGAUCUCAUUCAGAGGUUAAAUCAAUGCCUUUUUUCCAAAUGAGUAUAUGAAGAACACUUUUCAUCAACCAUUCUUGAAAGUCCCCUUCUCCUUUGCACUAAAUUGGUUUUGAUAUACUGCAGCAGCCUUCCUGUUACUCUUUGGUCUCUUUUGUGGUGUUCUGUCCUUUCUAGAAAGUUGAGUGUUUUUAAUAAUUAUUAUAAUCCCAGAAGGAGUAAAAUGACAUAAUACCGAAUGGAGAUAUUUUGUAUUGUAAAGUACUGUAAUUUUGAGAAUUUCAAAAUCAGUUUCAGAAUGAGAGAAUCUUUUCCAGUGCAGACAUGAUCUCACAAAAUGCUUUCCUUGAGAUCCUGGCUCAUUCCCAGGACUCAGAUGCACUUAGUCCUUGGUCUGUCUGGCAAAGGUAGAUGGAGGAUCCAAGGGUGGGGAGAGAUGGCUCCAUACUAGCUAAACCCAUUGCCUUUUGUUCUGAGAAGAUUGAGAAAGGAGCUUUCCUGACCCCAGAAGGUGGGAGUUGGAGUCUCUGUUUGCUGAUGUCCUUUCGCCACCUUGAGGCUGGACCUCCCGUAGCAUCAGUUUCACUCGUACCUUAGGGGACAGGCCAUGCCCUGCGGUGCUGGCAGGUGCUCUUGACUGUCUCUGUGCUUUACUUGCACAUUCCAGAGGAGCUGCUGGGAUUGGGUUCAUCCCUGGUAGCGCUGCCUGCCUGUUGUGUCCUCUAGUGAAACCCCCUCAGUUUGCUGGUUCCCAGGCUCUGGGUCCCUUGUCCUGUGGGGCUGGUGUCCCUCUUCCUCCUCCUUUCACCUGCAUUUCCAGCACAUGCAGCUCUCGAUGCCUUCUGUUUCAGAAUGCCCCCUCUGCCAAGAGUCCCCUUGGUUUGGCUUUGGUCCUUGCCUUUGCCAUGUCCUCACCCUGCCAGACAGUGCCCAUGCCUGGUGCUGAGCUUUCCUGAGCCUCCCAAGUGGCAUAGGCUGUGACGACGCUGGUGGUGACACUGCCUUGCCAGGUGCUCCAGAUGUGUGUGUGCUCCAUCUGCUUUACUGGAGCCUGGGCUCUGGCUCCAUGGUGGUGAGGGUAGAGAGCGGGCAGGAGGCAGGCUCUGAGGGGCCUGUCCUUGCAGUGAGUGGUGGUGGUCAUGCACUGUGUCCCUCUGUCCCUUUGCUGAAAGUGGGUCAGUGCAAUGCCCUGUGAGAUGGAGACCUGUAAUUUCCUGAAUUCAAAGCACCAUGUGCACUUCUCCUCCUCCUCUCUAGCUGCAAAGCAGGAUGUGUUUCCUUAUGUGUUCCCUCACCCUGAGCUGGAAGUUGCUGGUGGCCUGAGCGGCAAGGACCAGUGUGCCAUCAUGCCCAACAGGAUUGCUUUGGCCCUGGGCCCUGGUCUCUCUGCUCUCCUCUGUCUCCUCUCCCAGGGUUCUGGUGCAGCUUGAGGAUACCCCAAUACAUCUUACAGCAGCCUCUCUGUGCCCUGAAUUGUCUGCUCUGAAUUGUCUCUCGUCCAAGCCUGAGGGGCUGGGUGUGACCGUGGGGUAAAUGUCCUCUGCUACAGCCAGGCUGCACAUCUCUGCUCCCCUCUCUUGGUCAGCCCCCUGACUGUCCCUUCCCUUCCCUUCUUCCACAUACCUGUGGCUGUCUGCCCUUUUCUCAGUCAUGCACUCAUGCAGGGAUUACUCUGCUCCUGGUACUCUUGGUGCAGCGACUGCUGCAGUCCCUGCUCCAGUUCCAUCCCAUUCUCACGCAGGCACUCCCCACUGUGCACACCCCUUCCAUGGCAGCAGACUGCACCACUGCUCUGUGCCUUGUCCUGGGUGCCCCUUCCUUCAUCCCCUUCCUAACAACCCCCUUGUCACCGGGACAUCAUCAGUGUAGAAAAAUGAGGGAGGUGGUUUAACCUUCCCAGCCUCCCAUGAGCUUGGUCCUGCAGUGCACCAAGUUCUGGUAGGUGAUGAGCGAUGCUCUCUCCCACAGCACGUCCUCAGGGUAAGGACUUCACAGAGCCAGUGGUCCAGUUAAGAAACCCACUGUCAAUCUAAAUAUGCAACUGUGAAAGCCAGAAGCCCCUGGCUGGGGCAGUGGGGGCCCAGCCCCUGUGCUGCUGUGUGGCUGCGGCUGCACUCAGCAUCCGUGGCUUUACUGUCAUUGCCAAUAAUUGGAGUUGUUGCAUGUGCCCCUGCAAGACCCAAUAGUGACUCUUUGAGUCUUGUCCUCCUUCCCAGAGGAGUUGUUCAGCUCGUAGAUGUGGGCAAUUGGUGUCUGACCCACCACGUUCCAGUGCAUUCUGGGGAAACGGGCUGUGCAAUGAUGUAAAUAAAAGUGAGACAAAC